AUGAAGGCCUCCCCGUUGCUCAUUUCGUGGCACAAUGACAACGCCCCUAUCUACUCGGUUCAUUUCGACCCCAAUGGCAAAGGCAGGCUAGCCACUGCCGGAAAUGACAACAACGUCCGACUCUGGAAAGUCGAGUCCAUGGGAGAAGAAAGGAGGGUCUCUUAUCUGAGUACUCUCAUCAAGCAUACACAAGCUGUCAAUGUGGUCCGGUUCAGUCCGAAGGGUGAAAUGUUGGCGUCUGCUGGAGAUGAUGGAAACGUCCUGCUUUGGGUACCAUCGGAGCUGCAAACACAAGCCGGGCUCGGGGAAGAUCAUUCAGAUGACAAAGAGACAUGGCGAGUCAAGCAUAUGUGUCGUUCAUCUGGCGCCGAGAUCUAUGAUCUGGCCUGGUCCCCUGAUGGUGUUUUUAUAAUUACUGGCAGCAUGGACAAUAUUGCUCGGAUUUACAAUGCCCAAACCGGACAAAUGGUACGACAAAUCGCAGAGCAUUCUCACUACGUUCAAGGUGUAGCAUGGGAUCCGCUCAAUGAGUUUGUCGCGACUCAGUCUUCCGACAGAUCAGUCCACAUCUAUACCUUGAAGACCAAGGAUGGGCAGUUCACCUUGACACCACACGGGAAGGUUCUCAAGAUGGAUCUACCAGCCAAACGAAUCUCAAGUAGUCCUGCGCCCCCAGACGUCAGUAUACGUUCCCAACAGGGCGCCUCAAAUACUUUUGCGAUUGUCUCGCCUGCUCCUUCGGCCCCGGGGACUCCAAUGGCUUCCAAUUUGCCCAUGGACCCUCCUCCCGUUUCACACAGUCGGCGUUCGUCUUUUGGCUCAUCCCCUUCCAUCCGACGAUCUGCAUCCCCUGCUCCAUCCUUGCCAUUGCCGGCCGUCAAGCCAUUGGAAGUCUCAUCACCGAGUCUCCUCGGUGGUCUCGGGGUAAAGAAUGCCAACAUCUAUGCCAAUGAGACAUUCACAUCUUUCUUCCGGAGACUUACAUUUGCUCCCGAUGGGAGCCUGUUGUUCACGCCAGCUGGUCAAUUCAAGACGACCCAUGUCUCAGCCACGGAUUCUGCAAAAACGACAGACGAUGUCAUCAACACAGUCUACGUCUACACACGAGCCGGUUUCAACAAACCUCCAAUUUCUCAUCUUCCGGGACAUAAGAAGCCUUCCGUGGCCGUGAAGUGCUCACCGGUAUUCUAUACGUUAAAACAAAACACCCAGCCUGCGAAAAAUAUCACACUUGAUACAUCAUCUGGCGAAGAGAUGUUCCCCUCUCUUCCAGAACCCGUUGUAUCGGCGACUCCAUCGUUCACCAGCCAGCCUCAAAUGGAUCCUCCAUCUUCAACGUCCGUCGAGAUAUCCAACCCGCAGGGAACUCCCAAGGCUACCGAGAAUGACACCAGCGAUACAAGCCAAAGCCCGCCAUCCGUCUUUGCCCUUCCAUAUCGCAUUGUAUACGCGGUUGCUACACAAGAUGCUGUCUUGAUAUAUGAUACGCAACAACAAACUCCCCUGUGUAUUGUAAGCAACCUGCAUUUUGCUACAUUCACAGACCUGACCUGGUCCACCGAUGGGCUGACAUUAAUCAUGAGUUCCUCUGAUGGAUUCUGCUCUACUCUAUCAUUUGCUCCUGGAGAGUUGGGACAGCUGUAUACAGGAUCCACUUCCGUAAGCCAAAAUACUGCCAACCCAAGCACCCCUGCUGCGAAUGCCACACCGAUGUCGACACCGAUGCAUGUGCCGUCCCCAAUCAAGACAAAUAAUUCAUCCACACAUAGCACGGGCCCUGUUCCGCCAGCCAGUCCUGCACGUUCCAACUCUGCUUGCUCAGUGGCAACACAGUCCUCGCAGCAAACCCCUGCUGGUGUCAUUAACAACCCUACACCCACUCUCGGAACUGUUCCAUUAGUAACGGCAGCACACUCUUCACAACCAUCGACGCUUCCCCUUCCACUUACAACUCCGCCACAAACUCCAAAUUCCAGCGGUCCACAAAGCACAACGACCAGUGGCAGUGUUUUGGGGAAGCGUGGCGAGUUUGAAAAUGAAGAGAACAAGGAUGCGGACCAAACGACGGCUCAACGGCCAAAGAAGCGCCGCAUUGCUCCUACUCUCGUUUCGACUGGCGCUGAUGCACCACCUUCUCAGGACAGCAACCCCUGA